UCUUGAAAUCUACACCAUCUUAGAACGGGAAGGGUUAAUAGUCACUAGAAAGCACCGAAAUUCUAUUGGAUUUAAAUACGGUUUUGCAUCGGCUCUAAAGUGUCCUGUUGCUCAAGAUGUCAUCUGAGUCACAAGUGCAGUGGGAGGGACUAUAGCCUAGACUGCAUCGAUCCGAAACCGGUUAGGAGGCACAACGACAACAGAGAAAUAAAGUUUGAAGGAGAAGCGCCGCGCCAGCAGUCCUCCUCUCCGUCCGUGGAUUCAUUCUGUUUUUCCGACACUUCCAGCAGCGGUACAUUUAAACCCAGCACACCAGAGCAGACUCGUGCUACCUUUAAUGAUUUACCGAAAGGGGAAGAAAUAACUUUCAAGUACUUUUUAUGUGUUGGGGGCUUUCUGUCAGAUCCAGUAAAAGAAAGAUUUGAAAACUGUCUACAAGAAACAACCAGAGGAGGCUUCUGACAUUUUGAUUCAAAACAGGAGUAUGAGUCUCACCACACGUCUCCUCUGUCUUACGUCUUGCCAAAUGUUGCUGUCAAGAGGACAAGAUUUUCUAUUGAUGUCUGGGAAUUCCUUAUUAAUUCCACACUGAGGGGGUUAUUAUUUUCUUCUCAACAAGAUGAACAAUAGCAUUGUUUCAAAUGAACCAUGUAACCAUACCUGCAUUGUGGGCCGUGAUGGCAAACCGGCCACAAGUAUCAUCAUGUUUCUGCUUGGUGUUGUCGGAAACCUCCUGGCUCUGUUUAUCCUGGGAGUGCAUCAGAAGGAGCAUCGCUCCAGGUCCUCUGUGUUCUGCAUCUUGGUAACCGGCCUGGCUCUCACAGAUCUUCUGGGCACCUCCCUUCUAAGCCCACCUGUAUUCAUCUGUUAUGCCCGUAAUAUGUCCCUUACAGACCUGGGCGGUAAAGGACUGUGUAACCUCUUCGGCUUUGCCAUGAGUUUCUUCGGCCUUGCACCCACGCUCAUCCUGUGCGCCAUGGCUGUGGAACGCUGCCUGGCCAUCAGCCACCCUUACUUCUACUCUGUACACAUCCGCCGCAACUUUGCUAAAUUUACCCUUCUCUUUAUCUACCUAUUUUCUGUGGCCUUCUGCCUACUGCCGUUCGUUAGUUAUGGUAAAUUCAGGCAGUACUGCCCUGGGACAUGGUGCUUCAUUGACAUGGAUGCGACUGAGGAUGAACAGGCCAACUUGGUUUUGGCUUUCUCUCUGUCCUACUCCUCCCUCAUGGCACUGCUGAUCUUUGCAGUGUUCGUGUGCAACGGUUCCGUGAUUAUCACCCUUUGCAAGAUGCACAAGAGCCAUAAACUGCGCCGUGGCUCGGUCGGGUCAACGGGCAGAAAGAGGAGGCUGAGCCUGGCCUGGUUUGGCCAGGGAGAAGAGGAGAUGGAACACCUGGUGCUGCUGGCGCUCAUCACUGUCAUCUUUGUGGUCUGCUCACUGCCUCUCACUGGCCACUCCUAUUUGCAUCCAACUGGAUCCAGAUUGAGAAAAUUAGUGUGGAUGAAGAGGGGAAUUUCCCAAAUCCAGACAGAUCCAGAAGAUUGAAGUUAAAAUGCCUUCCAGAGGUUGUCUAAAAUUAAACCAAAAGUUGGGAAUCUCAGUUGAAUUCUUUAAUUCUGCUAAACUACCAACUUGAGCGACUAGCUGGAGAAAGAACAAGAGCUAAGCAUCCAGAAAGAUCUCACACAAACACCAGGUGAACAUGCAAACCCCACAUAGAAAAAAUAGAUGGCAGACUUGAACUCAGGUUGUUCUUGCUGUGAGGCAACCAGGCUAACCACUGUGCCACCUCUAUAAGCAAUGCACUUGUGUUUUCUUGUUAAAACCUCCUGCACGACCCUUCUCGCUCCCCAUCUUCUCUAUGGGAAAACUGUUUCCACACCAUGUAGGAGCGAGGACAGGAGGAAGCAUAAACUAGAAUGGAAAGCACUCUGUGUGACAUUAACAUACGAUACCAUUACCUUUGCAUGUGUUUAGGUUGCUGUUAGAAGCACAGUCCACGCAGCAUGGGCGUCGUACUUACAUGUGUAAAAGUACUUAUGCUAUGACAGAGUUGAAAAUAAGAACCUUUUUUGUUUCUGUGGUAUUUUAACCCUGUUGUGAGGUUUAGUGUUGUCUCUAAAAGGAAAGAUGAUGCUUUGCAAUCAGCAGCUGACUUUGUGAAAAGAACAAAGAGGAUUCCUUUCCUUUGUGCCUAUAAGCAGAUACACACAUGCAAACAUCUAUACAGUGUUGGGGAGUUUCCUUGAGAGAUUAUUAGUUGUCUUGUUGAAACUAUAUCGAGUCAAGUAAUUGUAAUUGCUUCAUCAGAGUAAAAUGUGUAAUUAAUUACUUUGGAUUGCUUUUGUAAAAGUGGGCACUGGGGCAUCUUCUUUUUGCUGCUGGUAAGCACGCUCUAUGUUGUACACUUAAGGCUUUUUCUGAUUACAGAAUGGAAACAUUGUUAAAGUUUAACCACCCACAAGAAAAAAAGGGCACCAAUAAAAUAAAAUAAAAACUUAAAAAUUAAGCACAUAUUGCCUGAUCAAUCAAGUAAUUCGUUCACAAAAAAUAUGUAAAACAAUUUAAUCAAUGUUUGUUUCGAUUUCUACACAAACAGUUUUAUUUUUAACAUACAUAACAUACUCAAAAGUAACUCAAUAAAAACAAUAAUUGCUAUAAAAUAAGCAUUUAUUUUGUGCACAUUACAAAUGCGCAUGCAUGUGCACGCAUUUAUUUGUAUUUCAGUAGUCAGAUGGCUGCAGGCUUGUUGAUCUUGCUUUUCUUUGUACUACCUGUAGUUUUAUCCUGUUUGCCUUACCUUUGAACUCAUUCUGAAAUCGGACAACAUAUGAUGCCAACGAAUCUCCUGAAGAAACCUUUUGAUGUGCCAGUUAAGUGUGGGAGCUGGAGAACAUGGCUUUGGGCUCCAGUACAAUAGGAGGUGAGCAGCUGUGGAAGAGGUCUUUAAUGGCUGAGGAAUAGAAUGAAUGGAAGAGGCUAAAGACAGAUGUGGAGCAGAUGGGGGCAGCUGCAGCAGUCAUCAUCUGUUCAUGUGUUUUUGGUUCCCCGAAUGAAAAAUUGUUUGUGACUGAUGAUGAUUAAGUGCUUAACUGAACCUUGUACUGUACUCUGCAUGCUUGAUUGAGCUCGAAAUGCUUUGGCACUGUUAAUGAAUACCUUUAGUAGAUACUUUUUUAAUAGACUUUUUUGUGACUUUCAACUCUGAGAAUGUGAGCCAUAACUAUAGCUGCUUAUUUGCACAUCCAACAAGGUGUGAAGCAGCCUAAGCACUUAUUUAAUGUUGUGUUUCUGAAUGCGUCCCUCAGUUGUAUCCCCGUGACCAACUCCUGAAGUAAAAAUAAAUCUGUUCCUUUAGCUGCUAUAUGUUCUGUUUACCAUCUAGUUUCUGACAUUUUUGGUCUGCUGUUUGGUGCAGGCUAGGUGACUCUCAGAGGAUCUUCUUUUGUGCUGAAAACAGCUGUCUUGAGUCUGGCUGAUAAUUCACUGUGGAUUUGUGGCUAUGAGAGACUCUUCUAUACAAGUCAUUUUUUGUCUCAAAUCUAAACGUCAAAACAGUGAUUGUUGCGCUUUUGCGCGUCAUUUAUUUCCUGUAUAUGGCACUUUUUUUUCUCUGUCCUUUGAAUGAUCUCUCUACUUCCAGCCAGAUUGUCUACCACACAUUUCUCUGCAGUUACAUAUUGAAUACUUCAGUGGUAAAACUGGAAGGACAAGACAUUAUGAAAUGUAACAGUUUCACACUACCGCUGCACUCUGGCUAAUGCUUGAGGUUACAGGCACCUUAAUUCUGCAGCAUUUUUUUAAAGAUAAUUGAUGGUAAUACAGCUGGAGUCUAUCCCACCUACCACAGGGCGAGAAGUGGGAGUACACCCUGGACAGGUCAGUCUAACCAAGGCCAAUACAGAGAGGCAGGCAACCAGUUGCACUCACAGCUGGAUUACCCAGCAAGAAUUAUUUGCUAUUAUUUAUGGUAGAUACAGUAAAAUGUCUUGUAGAGGAACCAGUGAUCCACUGUAUGAUUCUAUAUGUGUUUAGGCUGUUAGUAUUGCAUAUACAUUUGUUGAUAAAUUUUCUUCCUACUGAUCUUACUGUGCAUGGUCACUAAACCUAUGUGGCUGAGGCCUUGACAAUUAAAGCAAAAGAUCAGCAACUCUAGGAAGGAUUCAGUUCUUUUCCACUUGCUAAUCCUUAUGGGGAACAUAGGCAUUUGGUCCAAACAGAUGCAAGGUGUCAUGCUUUAGUGUGCCUGUGUGCAUACAAGAGAAAGUACCAGCACCCCUUUUUUCAGUUAGCCAUUUGCUGCAUAUACAUUCACUUUGAGAGCUCUUGGUAGUUGGGUAGCUUUUUUUUUUUUUGCCACGUGUGUGCACAGUUAUUUGCCUUUCUGUCAACAGUGUCAUUGUUCACACGCUGUUGUGUGAAAUGUGCUCCACACCCAAGUUUAGAGUUUCUCAACCUUAGGGCUUGUGUAGUCGCUUCAGACUGUGAGGAAAGUCACAAGACGAGGAAAAAGUUUAUAUAGAACAAAUGAUAUAAAAUGAUAUGUUGGUACAUACAGUAAUCACAUUUCCCCCAGGCAUACAUUGUGUAAUUAAAAAUGUAUUUUUGAUUUGAAAAACAGAGGUGUGACUGUUUCAUAAUGGCUCCACAGUGUAGUGGUUUACACGUUCACCUAACAAGCAAAAAACCCCUGGUUUUAUAUGCAGGUGGAGACACAAAUCUCCGCCUGGGCAUCCAGAGUUAAUUCAAAUCCAUUUUCAUAUCCACUUAUCAAAACACAACCACUUAUCUGUGUUUUACAAUUGAUAAUUAGCUUAAGUAAACACAGCUAAGUCUAGUCUCCUUAUGUUAGCAGCUCCAGAGAACAAUAGGAUUCUUGUUUUAUACUCCGCCUUGUUUGCAGCAUUAGGAGAUAAGCGACCUGGCACAAUGGCACAGCAGUGAAAUACAACACCCUCAUAUCAAACAGACGAUAACAAUGGCAGAAUAGGCAGAGCAUCUGUUGAUGUGCUGAAGGACACUUGAAAAGGGAAGCAGUUGACACUCGAGUUCAAUAAUGUGGUGAAACCCUUGCUGCAGUUAAAAACCAUUAUCAUAGCAAGGCUGGUUUUUAGCGUGGCCAACUAAAUGACUGCUUCGGGUGAUCCCUGAGUUGGCCACGCUGCCUGCUGGAGGGGCCCCAAAAGAGGAAGGAAGAAAAAAACUUUGUGAGCUGUAAAAACUGUUAACAGUUCGGUCAACAGUCUACAACUGACUGACUCUCACAUAACCUGCUUUUAAUUUAAUCGUCCAGCUGAGUAAGAAUCAUGUAUGACUAACCAGGUUACUGAUAUUUCUUGUAAAGACCUUUCUCAUCUCAGUAAAUCCUAUUAAUGUGUGCAUUUUAUGUGCUCAGGUGUGCCCUCAGCUUGGGUCAUGAGGAAGUCUUUUGAAGUCUUUUAAAGAGAAAAGAAAAUCUCCAUGAGAAAGCAAAAUAAUUUUGCUAGUGUCACAGUGAAAAAUGUAAUACAAAUUUCCCGUUACAGAAACUGCUGGCUCAGUAGUGCAGUGGUUAACAUGUUUGCGCAACAUGUGGAAGCUUGCUGGUUUGAUUCCAGCUGGAGAAACUGGUGCAGAGCUCUGCUAACCCAAACAUGUUAACCUGCUGUAGUGGUACCUUAUCACAAAGGAGCGGCUGAAGGUUUCUUCUUCUAUUAAUGAAAUCAGAGCAUUGUUCUAACUAUUCAACACGGAGACAGGAUACGUCAGCAUCUGUACUUUCCACACAUCUCAUAAAGUUAUAGAAUUACAAUGAAGUCAUUGAUCUAGGAUAUCAAUAAAUUAAAAAAAUGUUUGUGGGUGGAACUGAUGGAUGAGGGGUGGGGGGGACACAUCAAUGAAUCCUCUUUAUGAUUCUUUCCAAAAUGCAUUUCAGCUGUGCGUGGAUUCACUUCUGCCUUCAAACACAUCUAAGACAGAGUAUGUAGACAACAGGGACUAAACAAACGAAACAACAUAAUUGCAACCAGACAGUAGUGACGAGUUGGUGGUUUGAAAUUUUGGGGGUCACUGCACCCUGGCUAAUGUUUACUUCUGCAGCGAACUUGAGAAUAUGAUGGGAAGUUUCCUCUGCUCUCAUCUUCUCCCAGAGAGUCCUGCAAAAUCCUAAAAAUACAUCAUGUCGGCAGAUAGCCAGUCCACAUAGGGUGUAUUUGUAUAGUUUUAGAUGUGUGACCCUCACUGAUGGAAAUGAGACUUAACUUCCUAAGUAGAGGAACUGUUUUUUUUUAAAUUACAGACAAGUUGCUGUUGAUAAACAUUGUGCACAAGUGACAUGGCGAGGUACUUUUUUAAUUGUGUUUUUUUUUUCUGUAACACUCAAACUGAAAUGAAUGCAUGUAGUUUAAAAAGCUGUGAUAUAAAAUAUCUAACUUUCUUCUUCCUGUCAUGUUUCUUCUACACAGAACAGAACUAGAAACCGAGACAGAAUCAUUCAAAACUUUUAUUCAACAGUUAUUAAGCGAUAGUUAAUGAAUAACAUGUGUGUGUGUGUGUGUGUGUGUGUGUGCGAGCGCGAGUCUGUUAUCUGGGAAUAAAGACUGAAAACAUAAGGAAUCAACUAGCUGGCUUCACUUCUCACUCUUUGUGUACAUUAUGUCUCAUUUGGUUAAUCUGUCUCGCAGUUGUGUAACAGUUAGCUUUGCUUUAGAGUCUGUUCUGUGUGCUUCGAUAGUGCCGUAAUCCAGACUUCAAUCCUUGUUAUUAUCUUCUGUUUGAGAGGUUUCCUUUGAUGCUGCUAUGCUGCUGAUCCCCAGCUGACACACACCCAGCACGCAGCCUGGCACGUAGAUUCUUGGUCCCAGCAGCUCAGUGGGAAAAACUAAGAGAUGGACAAUGACAAGGAAUCAUGCUGAAUCACAGCUGUUCUGAUCAGGAUGCCAGUUAUAAAUUUAAUCAAAGAUCCAAAUAAACAUUCAAACACAGCACUUAGCAAUAGUCACUUACAGACUUCAUAAAGGAAGUGCUUUGUGGUUAUUUGGAGCUCGCAUUAGCAGGAUAAAUGAAUUAUGCAAACCGCUUUGAUAACCUUUAAAACUGCACCAUACAGGGGGUGAAAACCACAUAGCGAUGCAGGUGUAACUCUCUUGGCUGUGUUUAACCAGAAUAGUGUUGCAAUAUUGUUGCUAAUAUGCUGCGCUUUUACUUUAAUGAGGUUUAUAAUGCAGUGUUUUUACUAUAAUAAUGAAGCUAAUCCCAAAAAUAUAACAACUAAAGACGGUGAGGGAUUUAUUUGGCUUUGGUUUGCUGUUAGAACCAGUUUGGAAAAGCCCAAAAUAAAGGCCUGCUGUGCGUGUUAAGACCUGGAAUUCUUCUUUGUAUGUCACGCGCUCCUCGUUGUGGACAGCAUCCAUUCAUUUAGUAGUGCUAAAAAAUAUCCAAAAUAUAGGACGAGAAAGUAGGUCUACGAUUUACAGAAUUAUAAUAUGGUAGCUCAAAAGACAGGCUUAAUGUAAGUAAUGUAUUCUUUCGUUUAUGGUUGCGUCUUCAGAACGUUUAAAGUUUUUGGAAACAAACGAAUUUAAAUGUAAAAAAUGCAUAUUUUACUUUCACUCUCCUGUCACUGUUGUGCAAUAAAGGUGAUGAGCUGGAUCAAAAUGACCUCAGUUAAAAAAGGUCGACUUUACCUUGUGCGAAAGUGAUAAAAACACACAGUCACUUCCAGUGAUGUUCGUCUAAUAAAUAUAGUCAACACAAAAGCAACAGUUGUCCGCUGAACAGACUUUAUUGGCAUUGCAGUAAAGUGAGGAAAUCACCUGUCAGCUGCUGUGGGUGGAAACAGUGUGCUAAUCAUAACCUCCUGUUUUUAUUUUACUGCUGUAUAGAUUCAUAACUAUA